GUAUUUUUUUUUUUAUCAGAAUGCAUGUACAGUAUAUGUCCUCUGCUCUUCAGUCUCAUUGCGAAACCUCUCGCAUUGUCAUUUGCCAGCUUUAACUCCACAUAUCAAGCACAUUCACCGGGACGUUUGACUGUGAGUGUCUCUGAAUACAAGCUGCCAGCUUAAUGUUUAAUUGUUGUUGUCGUCAAAAACAGCUGGAUGCUACUCGGCUAACGAGCUUUAGCAGAGCAGCCUCUUCUGAGAUUUAAGUCUUCGCUGCAGGACUGGAGAGAUGGAUCUCUGCUGGUGAUCGGAGAGGAUGAGGAGCCGCAGUAACUCAGGAGUGAGGCUGGACGGCUAUGCCAGGCUGGUCCAAGAGACUAUCCUGUGUCAUCAGAAUCCAGUAACUGGACUUCUCCCUGCCAGCGCCCAGAAGAAGGAUGCCUGGGUGAGGGAUAAUGUGUACAGUGUCCUGGCGGUGUGGGGGCUGGGCAUGGCCUACCGCAAGAACGCGGACCGCGAUGAAGACAAGGCCAAGGCCUACGAACUGGAGCAGAGCGUGGUAAAACUGAUGCAGGGACUUCUGCAGUGCAUGAUGAGACAGGUGGCCAAAGUGGAGAAGUUCAAACACACCCAGAGUACAAAGGACUGCCUCCAUGCCAAAUACGAUACCCCGACCUGUGCCACGGUUGUCAGGGACGACCAGUGGGGGCAUCUCCAGGUGGACGCCACCUCGAUUUACCUCCUGGUGCUGGCGCAGAUGACAGCUUCGGGACUUCGUAUAAUCUCAAACCUGGACGAGGUGGCCUUUAUCCAAAACUUGGUCUUCUACAUAGAAGCUGCCUACAAAGUGGCGGAUUAUGGGAUGUGGGAGCGAGGUGACAAGACCAACCAGGGCAUCCCUGAGCUCAAUGGCAGCUCUGUAGGAAUGGCCAAGGCAGCACUCGAGGCCAUAGAUGAGCUGGAUCUGUUUGGCGCCCACGGAGGGCCCAAGUCAGUCAUCCAUGUUUCGCCUGACGAAGUGGAACACUGUCAGUCCAUCCUGUGCUCCGUGCUGCCCAGAGCUUCAACCUCAAAGGAGAUAGACGCCGGCCUCCUGUCUGUCAUCUCCUUCCCUGCUUUUGCUGUGGAGGAUGCUGACUUGGUGGCUAUCACCAAGUCAGAAAUCAUAAGCAAGUUGCAGGGUCGCUACGGUUGCUGCCGCUUCAUCAGGGAUGGAUAUUGUUGUCCUAAAGAGGACCCAUCUCGGCUGCACUAUGACCCCGCGGAGCUCAAGCUGUUUGAGAAUAUUGAAUGUGAGUGGCCUGUGUUCUGGACUUAUCUCAUCCUGGAUGGUAUCUUCGCCGGAGAUCAAGUGCAGGUUCAGGAGUACCGUGAGGCACUGGAUGAAGUUUUGAUCCGAGGGAAGAACGGAAUCAAACUAGUGCCCGAACUUUAUGCUGUAACACUUGACAAGGUGGAGGAGGAGUACAGUAAUCCUCACUCUGUGGACAGAGUACCCAUGGGGCAGCUGCCACACAUGUGGGGACAGUCACUCUACAUCUUGGGCUGUCUGCUGGCUGAGGGUUUUUUGGCACCAGGAGAGAUAGAUCCUCUAAACAGGAGGUUCUCUACAAAUUUCAAGCCAGAUGUUGUGGUUCAAGUUUGUGUUCUAGCCGAGUCGCAGGAAAUCCAGGAGAUGUUGAGGGAUCUUGGGAUUGUGGUACAGACCACGUCAGAAGUUAUGCCAAUCAGGGUCAUGCCUGCUCGCAUCCUGAGCCACGUCUAUGUUAGACUGGGAAACUGCAAAAAACUGAAUCUGAGUGGGAGGCCUUACAGACACAUUGGAGUCCUGGGAACAUCCAAAUUCUAUGAGAUCAGAAAUCGCUCUUACAUUUUCACCCCUCAGUUUCUGGAUCAGCACCAUUUCUACCUGGCUCUGGACAACCAGAUGAUUGUGGAGAUGCUGCGGACGGAGCUGGCCUACCUCUCCUCUUGCUGGAGAAUGACAGGACGGCCCACGCUCACUUUCCCCAUCACCCGCAGCAUGCUGGUCGAAGAUGGAGAUGCGAUUGAUCCGUGUAUCGUAGCAACCCUGAGGAAACUACAGGAUGGCUAUUUUGCUGGAGCGAGGGUGCAGAUGUCAGACAUUUCCAGCGUCCAGACCACUUCCUUCCACACUGGUCUCAGCUUCCUGGACGACAUGGACGAUGACAGCUUAGUGGGGGACGAGGAUGAAGAGGAUGACGACGACUUUGGAGAGGAAAAUGAUACCGGCGGUCCCUCAGGCAAGAGAUCUAAAGACUCGUUUGACCAGUACCUCACCCAGCUCCUCCACAGCACCACCACCAAGUGCCAUCUUCCUCCCAUCCAGCGGGGGCAGCACCACGUCUUCAGUGCAGAGCACACCACAAGAGACAUCCUGUCUUUCAUGGCUCAGGUCCAAGGCCUGAACUUACCCAAGUCUUCCAUGUACCUACCCGUGACUCCGGUGAUGAACAAACAUCGCAAAUCCCUCAACCUUCUUGAAGUUCCUCAGUUAAGCCAUGUCGCACCUGUAAAACAACACAAGCCCCAGAGUGCUGCCGAUCUACACCUGCCUCGGGACUCUCAGGGCAACACAGACUUCGCAUCGCUGGUGAGGCAGCUGAAGGAGUGUCCCACUCUGCAGGACCAGGCUGACAUCCUCUACAUUCUCUACGUCAUGAAGGGAGCAGAGUGGCAGGUGGAGUUGUCUGGCCCUGGGCACGGAGGGGUCAGUGUGCGUUCACUGUUGGAGGAGCUCUACGCACAAGCUGGAGCCUGUAAGGAGUGGGGGCUCAUUAGAUAUAUCUCUGGUAUACUACGCAAGAGAGUGGAGGUCCUCGCCGAGGCCUGUACAGAUCUGAUUUCCCAUCACAAGCAGCUGACCGUGGGCCUUCCCCCUGAACCCAGAGAAAGAGUGAUCACGGUACCACUUCCUCCUGAGGAGUUGAACUCUCUUAUUUAUGAAGCCAGUGGUCAGGACAUCAGUAUUGCUGUACUCACUCAAGAAAUCAUGGUUUAUCUAGCCAUGUACGUGCGCUCCCAGCCCGCUCUGUUCGGUGACAUGCUUCGACUCAGGAUAGGUCUCAUCAUGCAAGUGAUGGCCACCGAGCUGGCUCGCAGCCUGCACUGCUCUGGGGAGGAGGCAUCUGAGAGCUUGAUGAACCUGAGUCCGUUCGACAUGAAGAACCUGCUGCAUCACAUCCUCAGUGGAAAAGAGUUUGGGGUGGAGAGAAGCAUGCGUCCAAUCCAGUCCACAGCCACUAGUCCUGCGAUCUCUAUCCAUGAACUUGGCCACACAGGAGCAACCAAGACUGAACGUACAGGAAUACACAAGCUGAAGAGUGAAAUAAAACAGUUGGAUGACUCUCGUCCUGUCAGUAUCUGCAGUGGCGGUCUUUCCUUCGGUAGCAAUUUCACUUCUCCUCGCUCCACGCGCUGCAGCAGCCCCUCCACCCCCAGUGGCAUGCUGUCCCCGGUGGGUCCCGGCUCAGGAGAUGCACAGCUGCACUGGGAGGAGAGGCAAGGCCAGUGGCUGAGGAGACGCAGGCUGGAUGGGGCCAUUAACAGGGUACCAGUGGGUUUCUACCAGAAGGUCUGGAAGAUCCUGCAGAAGUGCCAUGGUCUGUCCAUGGAUGGAUACGUGUUGCCCUCUUCUACCACGAGAGAGAUGACUGAAGGAGAGAUCAAGUUUGCGGUGCAGGUGGAGUCCGUGCUGAACCACGUCCCUCAGCCGGAGUACCGGCAGCUGUUAGUGGAGACGGUGAUGGUUCUGAGCCUAGUAGCUGACGUAGACGUGGACACCAUUGGUGGCAUUAUCCAUGUGGACCGCAUCUUACAUUUGGCCAAUGACAUUUUCCUCUCGGACCAGAAAUCCCAUGGAGCCAGUGACUAUUUCCUUGAAAAGGACCCAGCGACCGGAAUAUGCCACUUCUUCUACGACAGCGCCCCUAGUGGCAGCUACGGCACCAUGACCUAUCUCUCCAAGGCAGUAAUCACUUACGUCCAGGACUUCCUGCCAAGUUCCAGCUGCCUCAUGCAGUGAAUCAGCAGACAGCAGUGCUCCAGAGAGACUCUCAAUACCAUUAAGAGACUCAGCCAUCAACUGGCCCAAUGCAAGCAAAGCUUCAGUUCAUUCAUGAGGUGCUUGUAAGUAGCUUCUCUUAAGUAAGUUCUCAUGUACUGAUGUAACAUCAUAGCCUUGGCAGCUCAUACUAACUACAAUAUAAAAAUAGAUUUUGUCUUUGUGAGUCUGGACUGUGAACUUAUUUAUUAAGUGUGAACAAACUGUUGAAGUGCAUGUUUGCAUUGUAUGGAAAUCAAUAUGUAGAAGCUCUGUGUGCUCUUAGAGAAAAAUCUGUUAAUAGGCAUCUGGUUUAUAAUUUAACUGGCCACACUUUAUAAUUCUGUCUACAAUAGUCUGUCUGUUACUGGAGUAAACAUUUUGAUCAUUUCUGCACACCAGAUGUAUUUGUUUCAUUAUAAAUUAAUAGGUUUUUCUUUCUAUUCUCGAUCCUCUGUAUUUUUUAAAUUCUGUAUUAAGUCUUUAGUCAGCUAACUUAUUUUUCUACUAUAGUGUCUGACCUUAAUACGUAGCAAAAUAACGAAAUCUACAUUUUAUAUCCUCAAAUUACUUUUCCAUCGCCGAUUACCUUGUUUGUAUUUUUUUAACCAAAUGUUAUCUCUGAUAUCUUCCGGGCUCUUUAUGAUCCGUGUCCAUGAUACAGAAUCUUCUUUGUUGGUGUCUCGUGUUAAUAUUAAUCUGUAUAAGAACCAGAAUCAGAUGUUUAUUUCAAUACCAUUAUGUUUUUGUCUUUGUGUGUCUCCGUGUUGUGUAUUUUGUACCAGGAAUGAAAAUUAAUAUAUUUGUGUGCAUAUGAAUGUCAUGCUCUGCUACCUAUAGGUCCAGUCGACAUUACCUAAUGUUUACUCGUGUUUGUGUAAUGAAUGAAAUAUCUGGGCAUGUUGGGCUUGAAGUCUGGUUUAACACUGGCACAUACAGGGACCUCCAAAACUAUGGUAGAGUGAAGGUUUCAUGUUUUGAUUUUAGGUUUUAAGUGUGAAAUAAAAAAAGAAAUAAUAUACUUUUA